AUGGGUCUGUGCUACAGUCUGCGGCCGCUGCUCUUCGGGGACCCGGAGGACGCCCCGCGCGCGCCCUCGGAACCGCACACGGAGGGCGCGCGGCCCGGCCCGGCCCCGGCCCCGGCCCCGGCCCCGGCCCCGUCCCCGGCCCCAGCCCCCCCGGCCCCGGCCCCAGCGGCAGGGGGAGCCGAGGCCCGGACCCCGCCCCCUCGGGGCGCCGGCGGGGGCCCGGCCUGCGCGCGGCCCAAGGCCACCCCGAAGAAGGAGUGGAGGCGGCGCCCGGACCCGCUGCGCGCCGAGGAGCGCGAAGCCGAGCGGGAGGCGAGGAAAGUCAGCAGGAACAUCGACCGCAUGCUCCGCGAGCAGAAGCGGGACCUGCAGCAGACGCACCGGCUGCUGCUGCUGGGGGCUGGUGAGUCUGGGAAAAGCACUAUCGUCAAGCAAAUGAGGAUCCUGCACGUCAAUGGAUUUAAUCCCGAGGAAAAGAAGCAGAAAAUCCUGGACAUCCGGAAAAAUGUUAAAGAUGCUAUUGUGACAAUUAUCUCGGCGAUGAGUACUAUAAUACCUCCGGUUCCACUGGCCAACCCAGAAAAUCAAUUUCGGUCAGACUACAUCAAGAGUAUAGCCCCCAUCACUGACUUCGAAUAUUCCCAGGAGUUCUUUGAUCAUGUGAAGAAACUUUGGGAUGAUGAAGGCGUGAAGGCGUGCUUCGAGAGGUCAAACGAAUACCAACUGAUCGACUGCGCACAAUACUUCCUGGAGAGAAUCGACAGCGUCAGCCUGGUGGACUACACCCCCACAGACCAGGACCUUCUCAGAUGCAGAGUUCUGACAUCAGGGAUUUUUGAGACACGAUUCCAAGUGGACAAAGUAAACUUUCACAUGUUUGAUGUCGGUGGCCAGAGGGACGAGAGGAGAAAAUGGAUCCAGUGCUUUAACGACGUCACCGCCAUCAUUUACGUGGCAGCCUGCAGUAGCUACAACAUGGUGAUUCGGGAAGAUAACAACACCAACAGGCUGAGAGAGUCCCUGGACCUCUUCGAAAGCAUCUGGAACAACAGGUGGUUGCGGACCAUUUCCAUCAUCUUGUUCUUGAACAAACAAGAUAUGCUGGCAGAGAAAGUCUUGGCGGGGAAAUCAAAAAUUGAGGAUUAUUUCCCAGAGUAUGCAAAUUAUACUGUUCCUGAAGAUGCGACACCAGAUGCAGGAGAAGAUCCCAAAGUUACAAGAGCCAAGUUCUUCAUAAGGGAUCUGUUUCUGAGGAUCAGCACAGCGACCGGGGACGGCAAGCACUACUGCUACCCGCACUUCACCUGCGCCGUGGACACGGAGAACAUCCGCAGGGUCUUCAACGACUGCCGCGACAUCAUCCAGAGGAUGCACCUCAAGCAGUACGAACUCUUGUGA